AUGAAAAGGAAAAAAAAAGGAAAAUAUUUGGAAAAUAAGUCGGAAUGGUUGUUACGGAAACGUCAAGGUCUCCGACUUCUGACUCCGGUUGACUAUCAACAACCUAGUUGUUCUCAUGGACCCUGUUUGUUAUUCGAACGCAGAAAUGGACAGACAGUGGAAAAAUUUUUUGCCUGUGCUGUUUAUCGGUCUCAAAAACGUUGUCCAUUUCGACUGAAUAUAAAUUGCAAAACUAUUUCAAGUAAUUGGCUCAACAAUUCCGACAAUUUGAAAGAUACCACGCCAUCAUUCCAUUACGCUAUUAUACGAAAAAAAGUGAAUUUAUUAAAAGCAAAAGGUGAGAAGAUUUACUAUUGCACAACUUGCAAUGAUGUAUUCUCAUUGCCACAUGGUCAUCCGAUUAAAGGACCAUUUGGAUUAUCUUCUUUAAGAAGACCUUCGCAGCUGCUUUCUGCUCGCACACAAAAUGAUUCUGAAAGUCAAUAUUGGUUUACAGAGGAAUCUUUGACAGUAUUAGUAAAUGCCAUUAAAAAGUCCGGUUGUGAUGGAUUAUUAUGUAUUGGAACACCAACAGUAUUCGAACAUUUUCAAAGUCGCAAAUUGCUUCGACAAAAAAUAAAAUCAUUUUUAUUGGACAUCGAUGCUCGAUUUGUACCGUUUUUGCGUUCCAGUCAUUUCGCAGUAUACAGCAUGCUAACAAAUCAUUUUUACGACCCAAUAAGUAUCGGAAAACUUGUUACAUUUUUUGGAUCAAUUCAUCGUUUGGUGAUAAUAUGUGAUCCUCCUUUUGGUAUUUUUGUAGAAGCCUUGAUGAAUUCAAUAAAAAAGCUUCGAGAGCAGUUCUUCAAUUUUACGAUUGGCAAAUUGAAUGAUAGCUGGUGCAAAAAUAUCAUUGUUCUUCCAAUUUUUACUGGAAAACGCUUUCUAAACUGCAAUGAUUUCCAUAUGUUGGACUACAGGAUUUGCUACAGAAAUCAUUCGAAAUAUAAACGACCAGAUAAAUCCAUCGUUCGUAUAUUUACUGAUUUACCACUAAAUGAAUUCGACUUGUCAAAACUUCCUAGUUAUAGAUUUUGUGAUGAGUGUGCGAAAUUUGUCGUAAAAACCAGUGUCCAUUGCAAUUUUUGCGAAACUUGUCCCUUCGAAACAUCCAGUCAAUGCCGUAUACCGCCGUUUGUUGGUAAUUUGCCGGAAGUUGAAAAGAAAGAAGUUUUAUCGGUGUGGAAGGAUUAUAAAUCAGGAGAAGAUUGCAAUGAUCAGAGACGCGAAACACAGGAAAUUAUCGACAAUCUAUCAAGCGAUGUACGAGCGCUAGUGUUCGGUCGACCACCGUCAUUCCUCAAAGAUGCGUCAACUGCCGUGAAAAGUCUGUUUCUGGAGGUCAUGCAUAAUAAAACGUUGACUCACAAUGAGAAGAAGCAAGAAUUAAGCAAACUAGCGGAGAAGGUUCUGAAUAGAAAACAACUCGCAGAAUUUAAUGAAUAUUUGGAAAAGCAUGAAAGUCGAAGAAAGGAAUUUGAAGAAAAGGUGAAGAGUCUUUCGCCAGCAGCUAGGGAAAUUUACGACAAAUUGGAACGUUUGAAAGUUGAAAGGGCUGAAAUACUUGCAACAGUGAGUGAUAGCGUGCGAAAGGAGCUCCGCCAAUUGUAUCACAAAUCAAGGAAUCAAAGUCGAAAUAACAGAAAAGUAUACAUGUUUAAGUAUGAUUCAACUCAUGGCCGUUUUAAAGGUACGGUAGCUGCUGAGGGUGGCAACAAAGAUCCGAAGGAAAUUCCAUGGGGUGCAGAUGGCGCAGAAUAUAUUGUCGAAUCAACCGGCGUUUUUACAACAACGGAAAAAGCAAGUGCUCAUCUGAAAGGUGGUGCCAAGAAGGUCAUCAUUUCGGCCCCAUCCGCUGAUGCACCGAUGUUCGUAAUGGGUGUCAAUAACGAUAAGUAUGAUAAGGCUAACAAUCAUAUCAUCUCUAAUGCUUCGUGCACUACAAACUGUCUGGCUCCAUUGGCUAAGGUUAAAAUUUUCUUAAUGUGA